AUGAUCGAUUCAUCCGUAUUCAAAGAUCGAAGUUUAUUAGAAAAAAAUGGUAUUGAUAGAUGGUGUCAUGUAUUCACUAAAAAAUCAGACCAUAUCGCUCCAACUAAUGUUGAUGAGAAAGCUGUUUUUGCUCUUGCACUUAAAAUUGUCAAUGAAUUCGGCCGCCGAGUACCAAUAGCAGAUCCGAAUGCAGAAGGUAGUAAACGACGAUUUGAAAUGUGUUUUAAGGAGUUCGAUGCAUCUCUCUGGGUUCGACAAUGUAUCAACAGGUCAACAGAGCGUCCUUAUAUUAAAAGUAGCGUAUGCGGCAUUUUUGUUUACGAAGCAAAGUCAUCAUCGGAAAUCCCAGAAGAAGUUCGAUUUUCAAAUGCCGAAGGGCACACAACGCGAAAGUUGUACCGCGAUCGAUACUUUAAUCAGAUCUACCUCGAUACCAUUAAUCAUCUCACACCAGCGGUGCAAAACCAGGCUUUAAGUCUCGUUGAGACGGCGCUUCGAUGGCUUAUGCAUCACUCGACAUUGCGUCCUUUUGAUGGCGACGGAAUCAUUAUUGGCGCGAAUAGUGUCGAGCAGUUGGGCUCAAAUUUGAACGACUUACAAAAGGGACCACUACCGGACGAGGUCGUCCGUGCGCUGGAUGAAGCAUGA